CUCAUUUCAUGACAAUGGACUGAUAGAUGGCAGGAAUCCUGACACCAGAUGUAGUGUUGUGUGACCCCACUGAGGAGGAAUGUUCCUCACUUCCUGUCCCUGUGACACCCCUACCAGAGAAGUGCUUGUCACCUGGAGGGCACAGAGCCAUUGUCAGCAGCUUUACAUUGUCUCUUCUAUUGCACCUUACCAGUCCUCAGAUUGUGGUGUCUGCAUUCGUUUUCUUUUAUCAGGAUUUUGUUCCUUUUAUUUUCCUUCUGGUGAUGGCACUUCCGGACACUGAGAGGAGGUCAUCUGGCUGGAAAUGCUCCAAAACUGCUCUUCAGGAAGAAGAUGCCAUAAACCUUGUAAAGCAGUUUGCAGAAUUGAAGCGUAAAGAAAGGGAAAAUGACCCUGAAGUGAAACGCGUAAAGAACAAAUAUAAGCUGAGGGCCUCGGCUUAUGCAUCCCCUUGUAAUAUUUUACACACUGGACGCCAAUCUCCUUGUUCUCCAGGCCUGGGGCUUCUACCUCUGCUCCCCUCUCAGAAAUGUGAGCCCCAGGAUCCUGGAAAUGAACCAUUUAAACAAUCAUCAUCCUUUCCAGUGAAAAAAAUGGACAACCUGGUCCCCUCUGGCGGGCAGCUGCCACACACCCCUUCAUCUACUGAGCCUAAACAAUGUCAUGUACUGAGGGAGAUUCAACCCAAUGUCAGCAGCUUGCAGGAACUGUCUCAAACUGUCCACAACUCUAGUAUAUGUAACACAGCUGUAAUUAUAAGUAAUGUAGAGGAUGUAAAAAUAUCCGACCCUUUGAAAGACCCAGAGAAUGCGAUUCCGAUGUCUAAGAUCAGUGCACACACAGUGAUGGCUCUUCCUGACACCGAGAGGAGGUCAUCUGGCUGGAAAUGCUCUAAAACUGCCCUUGAAGAAGAAGAUGCCAUGAACCUUCUAAAGGAAUUUGCAGAAUUGAAGCGUAAAGAAAGGGAAAAUGACCCUGAAGUGAAACGUGUAAAAAACAAAUAUAAACUGAGGGCCUCGGCUUAUCCAUCUCCUGGGAAUGUUUUACACACUGGACGCCAACUUCCUCGCUCUCCGGCCCCGGGGGUUCUACCUCUGCUCCCCUCACAGAAAUAUAAGCCACGAGAACCUGAAUAUGAGUCGUCUGAUCAGUUUUCAUUUAAAGACAUGGACAAUAUAGUCCCUUCUGGUAGGCAGCUGCCACGCAGCCCUUUAUUGGCUGAGCCUGAACAAUGUCAUGUACUGGGAGGGAUUCACCCCAAUAUCCAGAAUGUAACCAGUAUGCAGGAACUCUCCCAGACUGUUAACUCACCUGGAAUUCGAAGUAAUGAAGAGGAUUUAAACAUGCCUGACACUUUGGAAGACCUAGAGAAAAGGAAUCCAUUGUCAAAGAUCAGUGCACACAAAGAAACUACUGAAGAGGUGAAGGUCUCGAGCCAGACUCAUAAUAUCAGGAGAAUAAGUGAACUACCUGUUCAAGGGUUGAAUCAAAUGCGUAUUUCAGGAAUAUUGGAAAAGAUGCCUGGCUAUGAGUGUCGCGGUGAAGACCUGGAGUUCCUGACAUACAUGAAGGCCAAAGUACUGAAGGAAACUACUGAAGAGGUGAAGGUCUCGAGCCAGCAGACUCAUAUUAUCAGGAGAAUAAGUGAACUACCUGUUCAAGGGUUGAAUCAAAUGCGUAUUUCAGGAGUAUUGGAAAAGAUGCCUGGCUAUGAGUGUCGCAGUGAAGACCUGGAGUUCCUGACAUACAUGAAAGCUCAAGAGAAGGCUAAAGUACUGAAGGCAGAGUUGCUUUGCUUACAAAAGGAUCUUGCAGCAACAACGCAGGACAAGGAACUGGUCAAUGGCAGGAAGGAUAAGAUUGAAGAGGAUAUUCGAAGAAUGAAAUUGGUCUUUAAAAAGACUUUAAAGCUAGGAAGAGCCUUCCUGAGCAGGACAGGGGAUGCCGCCAGUGUCCAGGGUCUGACACCCGAAGAUGUUUUCAAGCAGUUAAAACAUUUGACCAUUCAGAGUGUACAUCAGCAGGAGAAAGCUCAACUACUGGCUGCAAAGAAAGAAGUCACUAGGAGACGAGAAGAAACGGCCAGUGAAACAGGACAGGACACAAAAAGUUUACUGAUAUCUAAAAUUGAAUCCUAUGAAAAACGUGUCAACACAGCAGAAGAGAGUCUCCAACGGCUAAAUGAUGAAAUAAUAACUUUGAAAACUCAAAGUAAAAAAACAGAAGAAAAGAAAUCUGAGCUAGCGCAAAGUGUACAGAAAAUGAGAGAACAGAUUAGCCAAUGCUUGGAACAGUCGGCUCCUCCAACACAGACAGAUCUUUCUGAAGAGGACCGUGAAAGAAUGAACCGGAGACUGCAGAGGAUUCUCCAUAGAAAAAAACUUUAUCUAGAAAGAGAGAGAAUUCUUCAGAAACUAAAACGCGACCUGAAAUGAAUGGAUCCGCAGUGUAACUUGUAGUAUUUUAUUUUGGGUCAAACUUACUUUUAGGCAUUUGCUUUUUAUUGACCCUGAAGCUAAGUUUAGUAUACUGCACCUUGUAGUACGCCUCAUUCAAAAAACAAUAGACGUGACAAUUGCAGGGGAUUUUUUGUGAAGAAAAAUCAAUUAUCGAAUGUAAAUUAUUAUUUUUUUAUCUAUAAUGCAAAAAAUUGUCGUGUGUACAGCCCAUCUGAAAGCUUGACAUUAUCUGCAGUCACCACUAAACUGUUAAAAUAAAUGUCACACUAGAA